AUGUGGUGCUGGGACGACUUCAAGCCAAUCAUGCGCGAGCUGCUGAACCGCCACCCAGGUCUCGAGUUUUUGCACGACACGCCUGAGUUCCAAGAACGAUAUGCGGAGACGGUGAUAUACCGCAUAUUCUACCACAUCAGCCGGUCGGGCAACGGGCGCAUCUCACUGAGAGAGCUCAAAAAGAGCAACCUCAUGCAGGCGCUGCAGCAGGUGGAGGAAGAAGAGGACAUCAAUAAAGUGCUCAAGUACUUCUCGUACGAGCAUUUCUACGUGGUGUACUGCAAGUUCUGGGAGCUGGAUUCGGAUCACGACUUCCUCAUAGACAAGGACGACCUGCUGCGCUACGGCAACCACGCCCUCACCUACCGCAUCGUCGAGCGCAUCUUCGCCCAGGUGCCCCGGCCGUUCACGAGUGGAGUGGAGGGCAAGAUGGGGUACGAGGACUUUGUGUGGUUCAUCCUCUCAGAAGAGGAUAAGUCGUCUGAACCCAGCCUCGAGUACUGGUUCCGGUGUGUGGAUUUGGAUGGGGACGAGCGCAUCACAGCACCAGAGAUGCAGUAUUUCUACGAGGAGCAGCUGCACCGCAUGGAGUGCAUGGCGCAGGAGCCCGUGCUCUUUGAAGACGUUGUGUGCCAAAUGGCCGACAUGAUUAAACCCGCGGUGAGCAUGGGGGGGAGAGAGAUGCUGGCGCAGUAG